AUGUAGCAGGCCUUUUUGUCCAAUUCCAUGAAUGUAUUAAUCAAAGAAACCAACAACCAAUUAAAGGGCCAAUUGGCUUAAUACGAUCUCAGAUUGAAAACAAUAAUAAACUAAAUAUUCAGAAAACAAAGGAUGUUUCAAAAUAUUUACUUAUUUGUUGAUGUGAACGAAAAUAUUCUCAACACUUAAACCCCAUUUUACUGUCCAUCCAAUAUAUCUUCGCCAGAUUCUAAAUCUUUCUUUUGCCUCAUGGCCUAUUAAUAUGAUUCAACUAACUAUACAGAGUUAUCAACAUCAAUCUAAAAAUAGUUUUAGAUCGUUUCCUUAUUUCAUUAAACCAUAUUGAUUUUUGACGCAUCCUAAUUCAUAGCAACAGGGAUAGCUUAUACCUCAGACGAUUCAAUCCCUAUACUAGGAACUUGGCCAGCCUUAAAUUCCACAUUAUCCUAUAAUGCUCAUCAAAGGUCUUGGUAUGUAAGCCACUUGAAAUAAAUGAAAAAUGGACAUUAAUACUAAUAUAGUGAUUUAUUUACAACAAUUUUUGGCUCGUACACUAUUGCCAUAUCACAAAAUCUAACUAAUAAAAAUAAUUAAUUUGCAGGGGUAGUUUUUAAUUUAAUGGAUUUUAAUGUCUUUAAAAAAAACUUCAAUGCAGAUUAUAUCUUAACUAACAGCAAAGGUUAAAUUAUCAUAGGAUAAUUCAAAUACCCUCAAAAUACAACUACGCCUAUUUUCUUUUUUAAUGAGUCAAUUACCGGUUUCAAUUAAGUCGAUUGGGAUUCAAUAUCCCUUAAAAUUAAUGACACCUCAAAUUAAUAUGAUGUUCGAUCUCUAAGUAAUUGCUCCCAAGAUGUAUCCGACUAUCUCUGUAGAUACAACUCAUUGUACGGUUAGGAAGUCCUUAUAAUUGCUAAAUAACUUGAAUAUCCUCCAUAUCCACCUCAAAUAGUGAUUAUAUUCAAAAAUAUGACAGAACUUUACCAAUAAGUUGAUUAACUCAAUCAAAAUAUAUACUUUUUAUUCGCAUCAGAAUUUUAGAAAGAUAUACAAAUUUUGGUCAUUGUUGCCGUUGGAAUUAUCUUUCUAUUUUUAAUCAUUUUGAAUCAAAUCACCAAAUCUCUAAACCUUUUAAUUAAAUACUCGAAAUUUUAAUAGAAUAACUUAAUAUACUUAAAGGAACAAUAUUAAAUGAACCAAUAGAUUGAAGCCAUAACUAAUUUCUAUAAUUUUAAGCAGAACUUGAGGAUGAUCAGAUUCUCCGAAAACGCUUUAGAUUAAUUAACCUUGCAAUAUUUCUGUAAAACCUGA